AUGUCCACCUUAUUUACAACUACGAUCGGUCAUGUGGCCUUUGAAGUAGUAGCAGUGGCUUCACUAGCAGCCGUUGCAGCAUUGGGUGCACGCUACACGAAGCGUAAAUAUGAACAUAAAGAGGAUUUCGAAUCUUUACGAUCGCGUAAAAAACAGAAGAAAGACGCUAUUGUACCUAAAAUUAAUAAUCCGGUGGUUGUAGCCAAUGGAGUUAAGGUUAAUACCGAGCCGGUAAUUGCCGAGCUCAAACGUCGUGCUAUGUCCAACAUGUGGCGUCACAAAAUCGUGUACACGUUUUUGGACGAUCUGGGACGUGAAACAAUCAACUUGAGCUUUGAAGAUGUUGAUCGAGCAGCACGUAAAGUUGCUGCAACGUUGCAACGUCAAGCUCAUGUUAUUAAGGGCGACAAAGUGGUGCUAUGUUUUCCUCCAGGUUUGGACUUUGCAUUGGCUUUCUGGGGCUGUUUGUAUGCUGGAGUUGUGAGCAUUCCAGUGUAUCCACCUUAUCCAGGGACAUUAGCCAAGGAUCUACCUCAAUUCAACCGAUUGGUCAAAGACUCGACAGCUCGAGUUGUCUUGACCGAUACAACCUAUUAUCUUGCAAGCAAAAUGGCUACAGUUAAAGGCUAUUUUUCCGCAGCCAAGACAUCGUGGCCGGAUAAUGUGCAGUGGAUCACUACGGAUGAUCUACCGGACUCACUAAUCGCGCAGUAUGACGAGGAGGAUGCACUUUCCUUAACUUACAACGAGGUUGCAUUCUUCCAAUACAGUUCUGGUUCCACGUCGGCUCCAAAGGCAGUCAUGAUCUCCCACGGUAAUUUGAAAGCACAAAUGAAGACGUGGGAGAACAUUCUCCCUACGGACACGAUGGUGAGCUGGCUGCCGAGUUACCAUGACAUGGGGCUCGUCGGAUUUAUCAUUGCUCCGUGCGUCACGGCUGCGAGAUGUGUGAGCAUGUCGCCAAUCAGUUUUAUCAAGGAUCCGUCACUCUGGAUGCGCACAGCCAGCAAAUACAAGGCUACGCACGUGUGUGCACCGAACUUUGGUUUCGCGCUUGCGGCAAGAAAGACUAGCGACAAGCAGGUGGCGAUGAUGGACCUGAGUACACUCAAGCAUACUAUUUGCGCAGCUGAGCCUAUUCGUCAUGAGUCACUGGAAGCAUUUACGUUUAAGUUUAAAGCUGCGGGUUUUGAGCCCAACACGUUUAACUGUGGCUACGGGCUGGCAGAAGUUACUCUGGUGUGUACUGGACAAGAACAGCCGCAAAAGCCGACGCUACUUGAUGUCAACAAGCGCGUGUUAGAGAUCCAGCGCAAGGUCGCUGUAGUGAGCACUAACAAAGGGAAGCAAUUCCCUGCCACGGAUGUUCUGCAGCUUGUAGGCUGUGGCAAAGCCAUGCCGACGUUUUGUGUUGUAAUUGUAGACCCAAAUACCAAGAAAGUACUUGACGAAUUGGAGGUCGGUGAGAUCUGGGUGCAGGGACCCUCGGUGGGCAUCGGCUACUGGAACCGCCCUGAAUACACAGAGGAAGUGUUUUGUGCACAGCUUGAUGGCGCAAAGAAUGUGAAUACCACGUAUCUACGCACUGGUGACAUGGGGUUUCUCUAUAAAAGCGAGCUCUUUGUGACCGGCCGUCUCAAGGAUUUGAUAAUUAUUCGAGGCCGCAACGUGUACCCGCAAGAUGUCGAGGCAUCUGUUGAACGCGCUCACGAAAACGUUCGUCCGGGCUGCACUGCUGCAUUUUCCAUCGAAAAAGGUGAUGAGGAGGCUCUUGUUGUUGUCGCGGAGGUGAAGAAUGGCUCUACACAGCAGACGUUGGAGGAAAUUUGUCGUGAAAUCAUCAAGAUGGUGCUCACGGAGCAUCAAUUGAAAUGCGAAGCGAUUGUAUUGCUUCAUCAAAAGACAAUUUGUAAGACCACUAGCGGUAAAAUCCAGCGCAGUGCCUCGAAAGCGCAUUUUUUGAGUAACACACUCUCCAAGCCCGUGUAUGAGUACAGGGCAAAGACCGGCAAUGUACGCGAGUCGUCUUUUCAAGCACCAGCAAAAUCGCUCGAGGAAGUGGCUCCAUGUGGAAAGUUAAAGACGCCUGAUGAAAUUCUCGCAUGGCUGCUGGAGAAUGUGACGCGAGAGAUGGAAGUACAGACAGCAGCUGGUGAUGCUGGAGUGAUGACGACGAUCAAUUCUGCAGAUAUUGACCCGAACACACCGUGGGCUUUGUUUGGGAUGGAUUCGGUGUCGAUUGUCGGAUUGUCAUCGGAUCUGGGAGAGUUUCUUGGGUGCAUCGUUUCUCCCUCUUCAUUCUUCCAGUACGAUACACCAUUUAAACUUGCUAAUGCUUCCGGGUUGGCGUCAGGUGAUUUGACUGAAGACCAGGAAGGAGGCGGCCAAAAUGGCGUGGAAUCGAUUCAAGCUGCAAUAACGGUGGAGGAUAUUGACACGAGCUGCUUUGAUAUCGAAAGCUUUCCAGAGGUUCAGGGGCUCUUUGGACAAAUAAAGCAGUUCGAAAGUGCUGGAUUGCCCGUACCCUUUCUGGAGACGCUCACGCCUGAAAGACGCCGCAUGACAAAUUUUAACACGUACAACUACCUUGGUAAUGCAUCGGAUCCUGAAGUAGCGACUGCGUCGAAGGCAGGGAUUGAGGCUUAUGGCACGACUAUGAGCUCAUCCCCUAUCGUGGGCCAGACGCAAGUGAAUGUGGAUUUGGAGACGGCACUUUGUACGUUCUUCGACGCCGAGGCCUGCAUUCUCUUCGUCGGUGGCUGGGUGGCCAACGUCACAACUAUCGAUUCACUCGUCUCGAAGGGUGAUUUGAUUCUGUGCGAUGCGCUUAAUCACGACUCUUGUGUGAAUGGGCAACGCCUCAGCGGCGCCACCAUUCUACCGUUCCCGCACAACGACAUUAAGGCGCUUGAGCGUAUGCUGUCGAAAUUGCGUACGAAGUAUCGUCGUGUGCUCAUUGUGAUCGAGGGUGUGUACAGUAUGGACGGUGAUAUACCAAACGUGCGGGAAAUGAUCCGCAUCAAGAAGAAGUACAAGGCGUUGCUAUUCCUCGACGAGGCUCACUCUUUUGGAACGAUAGGAGCUACAGGCCGUGGUAUUUGCGAGCACUUCAAUUUAGACCCGAAGGAUAUCGAUGUGCGUAUGGGCACCAUGAGCAAGGCUCUUGGGUCAGUCGGUGGUUUUAUCUUCGGUUCGCAAGCGCUUGUCAAGUAUCUAAAGCACUGCGCUGGUGGCUUCGUAUUCUCGGUUGGCUUGGCCCCAGCUUGUGGUUCGGCCGCGUUAAAAUCUAUUGAAUUGAUGACCGAAUCCCCGUCGCGCACAGUUACAUUGCAGGAGCGAAGCAAAUACUUUUACGACUUGUGCAAGAAGCACAUGAUCCCGAUGGGUGCGAACACCUUCCGUGGUGCACCAGUGGUCGUAGUGAUGGUCGGAAGCACUAUUGCUACUGCUAAGAUGUCCGAGUUCCUGAUGUUGCACAAUAUAAACGUGAAGCCUAUCGUCUACCCUGCAGUUGAGGAAGGCAAAUGUCGUCUGCGCUUUUUUAUAUCGGCGCUGCACACGCCAAAGCAGCUGGAGGACGCCGUCAUUGCUCUGAAAACGUAUCUUUGCGACAAGAUUGAUGAUGUCGCUGUGGCGUCUCCAGGACAUUCCAAUGUCAACGGAACCGCGACGAAUGGCGUUGCUAAGGUGACAAUAGACAGCUUCAAGACGGAGAAAAAAACGAAAAGUCAAAAAGAACAAGAACACCAAGGCUAG